UGUCCACUUGGAACCCACCCACACUCCCCAGCCCUGCUGACCGGAGGACAGACCCAAGACCCAGUCAGAGGAACAGGAUGGAAGGGCCCGUGUUAAUGCUGGGGCUGCUGGCUGCCCUGGUUGUGUGCGGCAGCUGGGGCUUGAACGAGGAGGAACGGCUGAUCCGGCACCUGUUUGAGGAGAAGGCCUACAACAAGGAACUGCGGCCCGCAGCGCACAAAGAGGAGCGCGUGGAGAUCUCCCUGGCUCUCACCCUCUCCAACCUCAUCUCUCUGAAAGAAGUUGAAGAGACCCUCACCACGAAUGUGUGGAUCGAGCAGGGCUGGACAGACAGCCGGCUGCAAUGGGAUGCUGAAGACUUUGGGAACAUCAGCGUCCUGCGCCUGCCUGCUGACAUGGUGUGGCUCCCAGAGAUUGUGCUGGAGAACAACAAUGAUGGCUCCUUCCAGAUCUCCUACUCCUGCAACGUGCUCAUCUACCCCUCGGGCUCUGUCUACUGGCUGCCGCCUGCCAUCUUCCGCUCUUCCUGCCCCAUCUCGGUCACCUACUUCCCCUUCGACUGGCAGAACUGCUCCCUGAAGUUCAGUUCGCUCAAGUACACGACCAAGGAGAUCACCCUGAGCCUGAAGCAGGAUGAAGAAGACGGCCGCUCUUACCCCGUGGAGUGGAUCAUCAUCGAUCCCGAGGGCUUCACAGAGAAUGGGGAAUGGGAGAUAGUACACCGGCCAGCCAGGGUCAACGUGGACCCCAGUGCGCCACUGGACAGUCCCAACCGCCAGGACGUCACCUUCUACCUCAUUAUCCGCCGCAAGCCACUCUUCUACGUCAUCAACAUCCUGGUGCCCUGCGUGCUCAUCUCUUUCAUGAUCAACCUGGUCUUCUACCUGCCGGCUGACUGUGGCGAGAAGACAUCCAUGGCCAUCUCGGUGCUCCUGGCCCAGUCUGUCUUCCUGCUGCUCAUCUCCAAGCGGCUGCCAGCCACGUCCAUGGCCAUCCCCCUCAUCGGCAAGUUCCUGCUCUUUGGCAUGGUGCUGGUGACCAUGGUCGUGGUGAUCUGUGUCAUCGUGCUCAACAUUCACUUCCGCACACCCAGCACCCACGUGCUGUCUGAGCGGGUGAAGAAGCUCUUCCUGGAGACCCUUCCCGAGAUCCUGCACAUGUCCCGCCCGGCGGAGGACGGGCCCAGCCCCGGGACCCUGAUCCGGAGAAGCAGUUCCCUGGGCUACAUCUCAAAGGCAGAGGAGUACUUUUCACUCAAGUCCCGAAGUGACCUCAUGUUUGAGAAGCAGUCAGAGCGACAUGGGCUGGCUCGGCGCCUCACCACGGCACGCCAGCCUCCAGCAGGCUCUGAGCAGGCCCAGCAGGAACUCUUCAACGAGCUGAAGCCAGCUGUAGAUGGGGCCAACUUCAUCGUCAACCACAUGAAGGACCAGAACAAUUACAAUGAGGAGAAGGACUGCUGGAACCGGGUCGCUCGCACUGUGGACCGACUCUGCCUAUUCGUGGUGACACCCAUCAUGAUGGUGGGCACAGCCUGGAUCUUCCUGCAGGGCGCCUACAACCAGCCUCCACCCCAGCCUUUCCCUGGGGACCCCUUCUCUUACCGUGAGAAGGACAAGCGCUUCAUCUAGAGCCCUUGGCCCAGCCCAGCAACCAAGGCCAUUUCAGGGUGUAGGGGGAGGGGGUUUGCCUUGAAAGGGAUGGGCCUGCAGGGGCUGGGGGUGGGGCAGGUAGCUGUGUGGACAGGGGUGUCUGAGAGAUCACCAACUCUUCCUGGGGAGGCCAAAUCUCGGCCCUGAGACCUGAGCCCAGUCAGUCCUUGCAAGGCUGGGGCAGAGACAUCUGAGGUCCAGGAAUGGAGCGGGGAGCCCCACCUCUCAACGGUGGUUCUUUUGCAAAUAAAACCUGGAGCCCCUG